CAAAUUGGCAGACUCCGUCAAUGUCUGGACGAUCUCCCCAGAUCUAAAGCCACUCCCGCAGUUAUUCCUAUAACGCCAGCACCGGGGGGAGGGGUUGUCUUCAAAGCGUCACCUACCCAGGUGCGAUGUUCUCCAAUGCAAACCUUCCCAAAACGGACGCAGACGACGCAAUUCUCUUCUUACCUAACUCCCCUCCCUGCGUUUCCUCCUCCCUUUACCGCACCCCCAAUUCACCGCUGGUUUGCACUGUUUCUCCAAUUCGGAAACAGAAAAGACCAAGUCCCAGCUUAACCCCGCGCGGCUGGAACGGGCUCCUUUCUUGCCUCCCGUUCUGGAUCGAGUCGAGCUCCUUAAAAACAAAACAAAAGCACGAGGUAGGGGGUAGCUCCGGGCAGCGCCAGGUCUUUGUAUGUAGCGCGCCCAGUCUGCCGGCGCCGCCCCUCGAUAUGGAGGCGAGACUUCAGAUUCCGGAGGGCAGGGAGCGACCCUCCUGAAGCGGGGUGAACCAUGGUAACGCGGGAUCCCCCUAGAGGCCAGCUUGACCAUCGCAUAAGAUUUCUCAUAUAAUUUGCUGAAGCCUUAGGCAAAAACAAGAACAAAUUCAACGGCUGAACUACAAAUUACACGCAAUUGCAUGUGAUCUUCCACAAACUUUUUUUAAUAAUAAAGAACAGCUAUGGGAGGUUGCAACUUCACUCUGUAAAGUUGUAUGAGGAAUUUCCUGUGAAAGUUAAACAGUUCUGAUUAAAUUUUAAGAUAAAAAUAUCUCUAAAUCAUCUUGCUGUGACCCCAUCCGACAAGUUCUGUCUUGCGUUGGAAACACUGAGGCUGGUAUUGGUUUCAAAAUCUGUACGAAAGCCAGACACAGGUAAUUUUCAAACGGAUUGAUGAAAACAAAACGAUGACAAGUUGUGGUCUACAGUCCUUAAACACGCUGAUGGUCGUUUUCUCUUUGCUCUUGCCAGCAGCGCUGUCCGUGCAUUUUCGGGUCUGUGAGCCAUAUACAGACUACAAAGGCCGCUCCCAUUUUGGAUUCCACUGCCCACGUCUUUCUGAUAAUAAAUCCUACAUCUUUUGCUGCCACCAUAACAACACCGUGUUUAAAUACUGCUGUAAUGAGACAGAGUUUCAGACUGUUAUGCAGAUGAACAUAACUGGGAAUGCAGAUGGAUAUAUGCAUAAUAAUUACAGCGCAUUGUUAGGAGUGUGGAUCUAUGGUUUUUUUGUUAUUGUCCUGCUGAUACUGGACCUUUUGUAUUACUCCUCAAUGAACUACGAUAUUUGCAAACUGUACCUGGCAAGAUGGGGAAUCCAGGGGAAAUGGAUGAACCCGGAACCAAACCGGUGGAUUAAACCUGCUCAGGACCCAAGACAAGUACAGGCUCAGGCUCAGCCUAUGCCUACGCCUCAAUUAUCGCAGGCGGUACGCGCAUUAAAAGGAGAAGCUUUAAAUCCACCACUGAUGUCUUUUCCAAGUUCAACCGCCUGAAAAGUAUUUUGAUGUGCCUCAAGAUGGGAGAGAUAAGACUUUGUCCAAGAAGAACAGCUUUGAUCCCAGAAGGGAGAAAGAACCCUGAAUCUGACAAUGAUUAAGGAAAACAACUCAAAGGAGAUGGUGGUUAGUCUACUUGCAUGACAAGAGCCACCGCUGUGUCAAGUUGACAACAUUUUCUGUAAGAAAAUAGUAUGCAAGCAAUACCUGUGAGGCAGAGAACAUCACUUAUGGGAGAGAGAGAAGACAAAUAUAUUUGAGGGUGAGCACCGCUUAUCGCAGUGAAAAACACGUUGCUCCAGUGGGAAUCCAAGCUGAGAAUGGACAUAGACUACAGUAUGAACUUUUGGUAGAUACACUUUUUUUUGCCUCCCCCAUCCAUCAACUUGCCAGUUGAGCCUACUUUUCGUGUCAAAAUAAUGAAUGCGACUUUUUUCCCCAAAGUUCUCUAGUGAAUGUUGUCACAAUAUGGUACAUACAGUUCAGUCUAAAUUACUUUCUUUUCUUUUUUUUCACACGUGAGCCCUCUUUUGGAAUUGGAAGGAAGGGCAAAAAUCAUUUUAGAUUAUAUAAUCUUACCAUUUUUAUCUGUGACAAGAAAGCAAGUGUCAUUGUCAUGUUCCCGAGCGCACCAGCGUGGCCUCUAUUGCCUGUGCAAGUGGGGGAUUGGAGGGAAGACACAACCUCUUCCAUCUUGACCCUCAACUGGAAAAAGUCAAAGAAAAAUAACACUUGUAAUAAUAUAAAGCAAUAAAAUAGUUGCCCUCUGAUAAAUGAGGUUCAUAUUCCAAUUCCUUUAUUUUAAGGUACUACUUGCCCUUUAACUGGCCUUAGCAAUUAUUUCCCCUCAGGAACUAGAUGACAGUCUUGCAAAGCAGGACAGCAGCAAUUUUCUUUCCAAGGAUUAUGGCAAUGGUCAGAUAUCGUGCAUACUGAAGCAGCUUGAGUUUUAACGGAAGAGGAUAUAAUUUGAAUAUAGUACAUAUUUUAUAUGUCAUUGUUACAAAAUUCCAUUGGGCACCAUCACAAUGUACAGCAAAGCACACAAUGCUGCCACAUGAGAAAUCAAUGUUAGAAAAACACUAUGUUUCUUCAGUUAUUUUUAGGUCUCUCUCUAGAAAUGUCUUUUCAGAAGGAAAACAUUUCAUUUUUUGGCUUUUAUACUGAAAAACAAUUGGUGGUUCUCUGUGGAAAUGUAGCAGAAAGCAGAAGAGGACUGCAGAACCAGUGAUAACACACACAGCUAAAAAGGUCCAUAAACAUUAUCUAUAUAAUAUUGGUUAGUUCAAACUACAAUAUUUAAAGAAUUGCAUCAUGCGGAAUCAGAAUAGUAGCCCAUCCAGAUUUCUGUACAGGAGCUUAGCUACCUGAGAGCCUCCAGUUGGAGACUAGAGGCCAGCAGCCAAAAACGUGGCUGAGUAUUUCUGAUUCCUCACUUCUGCAGUUCCUAGCCAUGGGUACCUCUUCCUCUCACAGACUCCUCCCUCUGGCCUUAACCUAGACCACUCCCUCUCCAAGUCCUAAUCCUUAUUUUCCACUUCCCGUAAUCUGUUGCCCAUCCUUCCACUCCACGUUUUCAAUGCCUUUCUGCCAACCCUCUAACAUUCAGGCAGCUCAGCCAAUCAGUGCAGUAUAAUGUAGGUACCCAGGGUUGAACCCAAAACCUUAUAGAGGCAGUGCAUGUUGUCAGUCGCUGAACCACAGCCCUACUCAAGAACUUCAGGGGCCUAUUCCAAAUACAGCAGGAAGAAAGAGCUUGUCCUGUUUCUCAUCUCUUUGCAGGACAUUUCCUAGGGAAGCAUAUGACACUACAAGGAAGCAUACUUCCUCCAGCUUUCCUAGGGCACAGCAUCUGUUGUCACUCUAGUCAUGUAGCAGCUCUAACAUGAGCAAAGUUCCACCAUGAGUUUGCAAAUCCUCAGUACCUGUGUUUUAUUUACACAGCACUAGAUGUAGCACUCCGAUGGUUAGAAUAGACAAGUUUUCAAACCAUUGGUUUCAGCCUCUGAGAUUUCUCUUUUCUAGAAAAGUAUUCCCCAAUACUGUAGCAGCAACGUCUAAAGCACUUUCAUCAAAGGUGGGACGAGGAUGGAAAAAAAUACUCUCAAAAUGACAUAUUUUAAGUAUUAGGACAUGCAAGCAUUGUAUGAGUAAAGUAUACUCUGUAAGGUGGAGUUCAGUACCCAGGUUUGCCUUGGUACUUUGUUGUCCGCCGUCUAUUUGCUAUGAAGAUGACAUACCUCUGUUUUUGAUCACAUCACUAUAGGAAUAAAACCUACUUCUUCCACUUAAAAAUCCUCUCUACCUACAUUAAUCAAGUACAAAGGAGAAUGGGCAUAUACACUUUUAAUUGAUGUGUCUAAGAGGGAAUUUUAGUGUGCGUUUUGUCAUGCAAGGGUGAAAAAAUAUACACUUCCUGAAAGCCUCUUCUACAUCAUUGUUGGAACAGCCUUGGCCAACCUGGUGCCAACCUGGCCAACUCCAGAUGUUGGAAGGUGCAAACACCUUGCCCUUCUUUGCAUUCAGUUACCCUACCUACCCUAGCUUACAUGCAAAACAUUCUGCAGUUCUCUCAUCUGAAAGAUGUUGUGGGAAGGGGCAGUUCUACAUCCUUUAUAACCACAGCAGAAGCUUAGGCUUUCAAUGGAUCUGUCACAGUAUUCAUAUUAACAAAGCAUAGCAUCUUAUUUGCUAUCUAACAGGGCAGACAUCCACCUUGUGCAAUCUAUCAUGCCAAAUUUAGACAUGUGUGGUUGAUAAUACCCCCCACUCCACAUGUGCAGUCACAGACACCAAAAAAGAGGGUUAAUCACGCCUCUGAUAGGACACAAUGUUGGUAGGAUACAAAUUCUGCUGACGUUUAUGAUAUACAGUUGCCAUUUGUCAGUUAAUGCUUCUCCAGAACUUAAGACUAAUUUUAAAAGAGUAAAGGUGUCCCCGCACUUAUAGUGCGAGUCGUUUCCGACUCUUAGGGUGACGUCUUGCGAUGUUUACAAGGCAGACCGUAUAUAUGGGGUGGGAUUGCCAGUUCCUUCCCCGGCCUUUCUUUACCCCCCAGCAUAUGCUGGGUACUCAUUUUACCGACCACGGAUGGAUGGAAGGCUGAGUGGACCUCAACCCCUUUUACCGGAGAUUCGCCUUCCUCCUUCUGUUGGAAUCGAACUCCAGCCGUGAGCAGAGCUUCGGCUGCGUUACCGCCGCUUACCACUCUGCUUACCACUCUGCGCCUCGGAGGAUCUUAAGACUAAUUCAAGGUAUAACAUAAUUCUCUUUUUGAACGUAUGUAGGUAUUAUAUUAACCUAUUCCACCAAUCUGCUAGUAUCCAUGCUUCUGGAUCACCGUAGUUUCAGGCAACUGGUCCCACUUGAGCAGCCUUAGAUGCAGGUGCGCAUCCUCAUUCACAUCGACACAUUCAGCCGGUUCUUAGUUCGCCUCCAAUGAGUAUCGCAGCCCAGAGGCACUUAAAACUGCUUCCUUGAAUUGGGGCUCUGAAUUAUUCUUGUUAAACAGCCUAUUGUCUCCACCCCCAAUCCAAUAGUCACCGUUGGAUUUGGAUCAGUAUUAAAAACUGAAUCACCAAGAGAUAAACGCACAGAAAAAUGCCACUGCAAAUUUCUCAACAAACUUCUGCACACUGGGGUUAAAGCCAUUCCUGAUAGGAUCAUCACUUUGUGCCAAAUUUCACAAGCCCUCUCACUCCCCAGUCAUAUUGUGCUGCAUGGAUCAUGGCCUUUAUUUAGUGAGCUUCCUUGCCACCACUCUAUAGAAUUGGCAGCUGUGGGAGGGACCAGGUAAGCUUAUGGCUGUGAAGGUACACUUGAAAACACAUAGGCUAUAAUACCUGCUGAAAUAUCAGAAGCCAGAGGAGUGGCUGAAUAAGACUUGAGCGGUCAGGGUGGUGGGCUUCAGUGCCUUGCCUAGCUCAUCACCACACUCCAUGACUAGGAAAACCAGAAGAAAGUAUGUGAAAUAGAAUUGUAUAAAAUAUUAAGUAAAUCUGCAUAAUUUGUGCAGGCCACAGAAUUAGAACUGCCUGGAUGCAUAUAUUUUUUUUGUACACGUUUGCACAGACAUAAGAAUAAAGCCUAAUCAGAUGAGAGACAGAGAGAGAUUGAUUCACCAGGCAAUAUUACAUUUCAAUUUAAGCAAGGUUUUCAGCAAAUAUAAUGUACCUGACAAAUUUACCUUAACCCAAGUUACUUUUCUGUACAUAUUUAUUCAUCUGGGUUUCUUCCAAACUAAUCCUAAACUAGGUGGAGGGUUUUUUUAAAAAAAUAAAAUCAAUCUACUUUCAUUGUGAUGUUGAAAUUGUCACCGAGAUCUUUGUUAAAAGCUUGUGUUUCUGAAGGAAUUUGUAUUAGAUAAUGGUUUGUGUGACUCACUGUAUUUUGUAAAGGGUUUAUUUCCCUUUGGGAAUUGUGUGUUUUUAAUGAGCAGUUUUAUGCUUCUAGUUUGUGUAUGUUAUAAAUGAAGUGUGUUUUUUGACUCUGUAAGGAAUAGAUUGAUAUUCGAUAGAUACUAACUGGUUGAGAUUUUCGUAUUGGCUAAACUAUUUGCAUAUGUUGAUAAAAUUCAUAUUGUAACAGAACAGUCUGCCAAUGGUCAGUAACAAUAAACAGAACAAAGCACCUUUGUUUUAGCUGAAUGUUGGAUCUGACUAAGACUAUCAACUAACUGGCCUUAAAUUCAAUGUUGUAUUUCCAAAAGUGGAUCAUCAUCCCACAUCAUUUGCUGUUUGUAAUG